GGUGAUGUGCUCCCUGCAUCUCGACCAAUCAACAGUCCUUCCAAAAUCUCUAGGGUUUUACUCUCUGUGUCCGCAUCUUUCCCAUAGAGAGCUCAACAAUGGACGAAGCACCGGCUCAGCCUCCUGUUCCCCCGGCAUCAUGCUGGAGCAACGUAGUGAAGAGCCAGCCACCGGCGAAGCCCAAGGACCAGAACGGUGGCGCUUCGGCCGAGAAAAUCUUCGUGGAGAGCUGCAAGUCCUCGAAGGGCGUGGCGGUCGCGGUGAUCGACGCCAACGCCAUCAUCGAGGGAGGGGACCGGCUCUCCGGCCUUGCCGACAGGUUCGUGUCCAUCCCGGAGGUCAUGGAAGAGGUCCGGGACCCUGUCUCGCGCCGCCGCCUCGACUUCGUUCCUUUCACCGUCGACACCAUGGAGCCCUCCCCCGAAUCUCUGAGCAAAGUUAUCAAGUUUGCGAAGGCAACCGGUGAUUUGCAGACCCUUUCAGAAGUUGAUAUAAAACUCAUUGCUCUGACAUACACACUAGAGGCCCAAAUUCACGGCACUAAGCAUCUGAGGGACUGCCCGCCUCCGGUACAGACGGUUAAUGUGAGGAGGCUUCCAGAGAAAGAAAUGCCUGGGUGGGGCUCAAAUGUGCCGAAUUUGGAGGAGUGGGAAGCCUUGGAGCAUGAAGCUGGGGUUGGAUCGAAUCUCAAUUCGAGAAUCCUCCCCUUGAAAGAUUUGAAUUUGAAUGUAAUUCCUCAAGAUGAGCACUCUCUAGAUGGUUCAGCCGGGGCUGUUGAUGGUGAGAAUCAAGAGGAUGUUGAGGGCAAUGUGAGGAAGCCCAGGAGAUAUCCCCCACAGAAGAAGGAGGUGAACAUCGAAGGGAAGAAGAUGGUUGCUGAUGGAAUUGAUGCAUCGCAGGGGCAAUUUGAAGCAAAUGCUGGUGAUUGGAUGCCUGCUGUCAGUCGAAGCACUCACAGAAGGUAUCUGAGAAGAAAGGGUAGACGUGAAUAUUACGAUGCAUUAUCAGAGAAAGAAAGUCAACAGGAUGCUGAGAAAGACGCUGAAAACCAUCAGUUUGAGGCUCCCGGGUAUCCCGAAGGGCAGGUUUCAGAAUCUCCCAAAGAAGUGAAUAGUGCUGAUGGGAUUUCGGAGGAGAGCGCAAAGGAUACUAGUUGCAAUAACGAUCUCUCUUCAGUCCUGAAACAAAUGAGGCUGGAGGAAGAAUCAUUGCCAGCUCUUCAAGAAGGGGAAGACCCGUCUGCUCCCUCUUUAUCUGAUAAUGCAACCUCUGGUGUUGACGGGGAUGAGGCUGAUGCACUCGUCGAGCAAUCCGAAUAUUUGGAAAACUUGAGCCAGACCAACGGAAGUGUUGAUGUAUCUCUCUUGGAUGAUGAGAGUAGUGAACAGAGCUGGAUGCUGAGAUCGCUGUCAGAGUCUAGUGUGGCUUGUGUUACCAGUGACUUUGCCAUGCAAAAUGUCAUCCUCCAGAUGGGCUUACGCUUGGUAGCUCCUGGUGGUAUGCAAAUUCAUCAGCUUCAUAGAUGGAUUUUGAAAUGCCAUGCUUGCUACACCGUGACUGGUGAGAUUGGCAGAAUAUUCUGCCUCAAGUGUGGAAAUGGUGGGACCUUGCGCAAGGUAGCUGUCACUGUUAAUGAAAACGGAAUUGUGAUGGCUGCCCAUCAGCCGCGCAUUAGAUUACGGGGCACAAAGUUUUCAUUGCCAUUACCGCAAGGGGGAAGGGAUGCAAUUACAAAGAAUCUCAUCCUGCGUGAAGACCAACUGCCCCAGAAGUAUCUCUAUCCUAAAACCAAAAAGAAGGCACACAAGAAGGGAGAUGAUGAUUUCUUUUCUUCCGAUGACAUAUUCCUCCACCAUACCGAUAAGAGAGCUCCCUUUCAGCCUCCUGUGAGGAGGGCCUUAGCUGUUUUCAGCGGAAAGAGAAAUCCCAACGACAACCAUUUCUCCCGUUCAAAACGAAAAUAGGCCUUUGCUACUGAAGUUUUCUGUUUGUUAGUAUUCCAAGAUAUGAUUUACCUGUUAUUGAAGGCUAUAUUACUGUGAGGCCAUAGCCUAAAAGGCAUUUUUACAAUGUGAACAUGUUGAUAUUUCGAGGUAUUUCUUGUUUUUCUUCCAGUUGGAUUGGCAGUUUGCUCAAUGUUGAGCACAGUUUUGGUUUGAAAUAUACGGAUUAUUUAUGCUG